ACAUGAUUUUGAUGAUUCUGACAUCUCGAACGCUGAUGCCAUCCGCAGUUUCUGGAAAGUCUAUGCUAUUACCAGCGAUGCAAGCCAGGACAAUGCGAGCACGAGAUCUCGCAAUCUCUUCUGGCGCAUAUGGAGCAGUCCGAAGUUGGCCGAGACCAUGACCGGUACGCGGUUAAUUCGGCUAUGGGGUCGAUGUUCGGACGACAUGGACCUGACUCCCAUCGAGGGCCUCUUUUUGCCACGAUUAACACAGACUCAGGUUUGUCUCCAACCAGUGCCGAUCCAUUAGCUAAGACCUCGACUCCUCACUCGAGUCAAUCCCCGGUCACUCCAAAUCGUUUUGAGGCUUCCUUCGCAACCCCAGAGUCUCGUAGCACGCGCGGAAGUGUGCCAAGUCAGCACGUUAGACGACGAUCCAAUGACACGACAGGAUCUACAGCACAUACCACACCGGAAUCUUCAACAAGACCUUCCUUGACUCGGACUGCUAGUGGUGGCCGAACCAGGGGAGCUGUUGUCGCUACUGCAGGCAGGACUCGAACAAGACCACAGCUGGGCAGGCGGAAAUCCAGCUCUGCCAGGACGGUCACCACAAAUAAUCCUAGAUCGCCGAGACCACAACCCGAGUCAUCAGAAAGAGGUAUGGCGCAGGGUGUGAAUAUUGCUCCCCCAGAUCCACCUAGAUUCACGCGCGGCCCACCCCCUGGAUUACCAAACCCUCCAGGUAUGUUCCUCAUGUCAAGAUAGAGAUUCGUUUCUGACCCUCUUCAUGACAGCCACCACAAGCGGAGCAGGAUUUC